GCCAAUAUUUUCUAUGUAGAGGGCUUUUUCCAUGAAUAUUUUGGUGUAUAUGGAUUUGGUGCCUAUCUAUUAUCCAAGUAGUGGGCCUACUGACUAAUCAAAUGCGUAAUGAAUUAGCGUCGGGGCUCUAGGCACAAAACGGCACAAAUCCAGCCCUUUGAGCUCGGCCCAACUCAAAGCAAAGUAAGCACAAAAAGCUCGGCCCAGUGCAGAACGCUAAAUAUUCCAAGUUUAUAUAUAAAUACCCAAAUUUCAUCGCCAUGCUAGGUUUAGCAGCCGGAGACAAUUGAGAAGAAAGGGUUGCCGCAGCCGCCAUCGUCUCCAGAGUUCAGAAGAUUGAAAGAGAGCAAUGGCCAGAAUCAAGGUACACGAGCUGAGGCAGAAGUCGAAGGCGGAGCUUUUGAACCAGUUGAAGGAUCUCAAGGCGGAGCUCGCCCUUCUCCGCGUUGCUAAGGUCACCGGCGGUGCUCCUAACAAGCUCUCCAAGAUCAAGGUGGUGCGCUUGUCGAUUGCCCAAGUGUUGACAGUGAUUUCUCAGACCCAGAAAUCUGUUCUGCGUGAAGCCUACAAGAACAAGAAGUUCUUGCCUCUGGAUCUUCGUCCCAAGAAGACCAGAGCCAUCAGGAGGAGGCUUACCAAGCACCAGCAAUCGCUGAAGACGGAGAGGGAGAAGAAGAGGGAAAUGUACUUCCCCAAGAGAAAGUAUGCAAUCAAGGUGUAGAAUUAGCCAUGAAAUUCCCGUAUGCUAUUUCCCGAUCUCUAGAGAGUUAUGAAGGAAUCUCAUUUUCGUACUAUGAACUAUUUUGACGUUUGUAAUCUCAUAUUUCUGCAAGUCAACGUGUGAACUGAGCAUCUGAGCAUCGAUUCAAAAGUUUUGGUAAUGAUACAUGGAUUGCUAUUUUGCUCUAUGGGAAUCAGUUGGGUUCUUUGUGAGUAUUAUCAUUAUUCUGGAUUGUUGUACGGGCAGUGCUGGGUAACAUCUUACCUGUAAACCGCAGCAAAGCUCAUAAAGCUUUGUAUCGGAAAGUGAAAAGCACGGCAGACUUAAGUGUUGAAGCACUCAUCGACACUAGCCAUCCUUUUCGAUACACUUCUUUUCAUCGACCCUAGCAAUCCUUAACAAAAUGCUGAUACAUGA